AUGGAUAAUAAGCAUGAAUGUCUGAUAAAGGAAUUCCAAUCACUUAAGCCACCAGUAUUCAGAGGUUCUUCAGAUAUAUCUAUUGCUGAAGAAUGGUUUCAUGAGAUUGAGAAGAAAUUAGGUUUAAUGAGACUUACUGAUGAAGAACGUAUAAUUCUUUCUACUUCAAUGCUUAAAGGUGAGGCAAGUCAUUGGUGGGAUAUCAACAGAGACACCAUUGUUGAUGAAGGUAUGACUUGGAGACAAUUUGAGGAUUCAUUCUUAGAAAGAUAUUAUCCGUUUUCCGAUCGGAAUUUGAAGAAGAUUGAACUUAUGAGACUUGCUCGUAUGGAGUAUCUGGAUAGUGUAGAGAAGAAAAGAGACAAAGGGAAAGCCGGGUCUUCGGAGAUUAGUGGUGCGGUAAAAAUGGUGAAAUUGGAGUCUGAAGAGAUUGAUGAUGUGAGAAUCUGCAGCCCUUUGAGGGUGGAGCAAGAACAACAAGCAGUGCAAGAUGGUGCGAUCGAGGUACGGAAUGCAAAUCUCAAUGGAGAGCUCCAACAGCAGAGAAAACAACAAAAGCCAGAGGUUGCAGUUGUGGAGGUUACUGGUGAUAUGAAGGACUCAAGACAACAGCCCGAGGCUGCACAUACAGUGAUUAAUCUAGAGGAGCAUCAAAAACAGUUGCAGGAAAAUAUGAAGCAAUAUGUGCACCAACUUGUGUCACAGCAGGUCCAGCAACUACAUCAACAGAAACAACAGCCGCUUGCGCUUGUGGAGUCUAAUACGAAGGAACAAAACCGACAGCAGAGACAACAACAGCCAGAGGUUGCACUUGUGGGUGCGAGCACCAAUCUGAUAGGAACACAACAACAGCCAGAGGUUGCGCAUGGUGGAAGUAAUAUAGUGGAACGGGUAAAAGAGGUGCAGCUACAGACAAAGCGUUAUAUGCACCGAGUUUUGCUGCAGAUGCAGCAACCACAAAAGCGACAAGAGCUGCAGCUUCAGCAGCAACAACAACAAGAGCCACAGCAACAGAUGCAGCAGCAGCAUCUACACCAACAACAAAAACAAAAGCAGCAGCAGCAGCAACAAAAACGACAAGAUCAUCAAACACCCCAAAAUGAAAGAAAGCAAGGCAAAAAAAGAAAACAUCAUAAUGCAGAGGUCGCACUUGUGCAGGUUAACAUGGAGGAGUUCUGGGCUAAUGAGCGGAAUAGGAAAAAGGCAAAAAAAAUUGUAAAGCAAGUCCAAACAGCAGAGAAACAACAGUCAUCAUCAUCCAUACACUCAGCCUCAGCAAGCACCGCGGUAGAGAAAGUUUCCCUCUUGGGGGAAAAUUGGUCUAUUGAGUGA